GGCUACCGAGGUUGGUUGGGUUUUUGGACUGUCGUCAGUCAGUGAAUCCACUAUGCGGUACUAUGAAGAUCCAUGUGGCUAUCCUCCUCGCCAUCACCAUGGUCGUCCAAAUAUCGAAAUUGAUGUGGUUCCCGGUUGGGGUGGCGCAUACUAUCCGCCGCCGCCUCCGCCUAGGCCCACCGAGAUUGUCUACGUAACGCCAGCGGCCACAUAUGUUCCAGGUGGUGCCCAGGUUCAGGUGAUGCCGCAGCCCUAUGGCGGUGUACAGGUGGCCACCACCAGUGGUUACUAUCCGCAGCAGCAGCAGCAGCAGGUGUACCAGGACUAUCAGUAUCAACAGUAUCAGCAGGGCUACAAUAACCCGCCGUAUCCCCAGUGGUGAUUGGAGGGACGAACCAGCUAUGCACCCUUCAUCAACUUAAGAACUCAACUUUAAACGCAUAAUGUUCCAAGUUCCAUGAGAAAUAUAUUAUAACGACAAUAAAGUGUAGUAUUCCAAUAAAAGUGAUGUAUUCCAAUAAA